GAUCGAGACUCAUAUCCAGACCACUCCGUAAACCGAAGCCACGACGACACCGGACAUCAAAAUGAAGGCCCUCGUGCUCGAUGCAGAAAACAGAACAGCGAACGUCCAGGACAUCCCCCGGCCUUCACCAGGCGCGCACGAGAUCCUUGUGAAAGUCGAGGCGAUAUCGCUCAACCCUAUCGAUCCUCUUUACGUCGCUCACCCCCUGGCAGAGUCGGGCCGCACGGUCGGGAGUGAUUUCGCAGGAAUCGUCUCUGAACUUGGGUCUCAUAUCCCUGCCUCCAAUACUCUCAAGAUUGGCGACCGCGUCUCGGGAUUCUUGCAGGGGGUAUGCAGUGUCAAUGACCGGCCGGGAGCAUUCGCGGAAUAUCUCGCUAUACCCUGGGAUCUCGUGUGGAAAGUUCCAGAGAGUGUUGGGAUUGAAGAAGCGGCCGGAGUCAGUCUGGUAGCUUUGACCGCUGCGCAGGGCAUGUGGUAUCGCCUGGGGUUGAAGGCUCCUUUCGCAUACGAUGAAGCGAAGGUAUUGGGUGAACAUUCCGAACGGGCUGCGGGUCGAAUGGAAGAUCAGGGGGAGGCGGACGUCAUUAACUUCUUCGUAUACGGAGCUUCGACAUCAGUAGGUCUCUACGCAGCCCAAAUGAUCCGACUGAGCGGAAGAGCGAAUGGCAGGAAGGUUCGGCUGUUCGGAGCAGCGAGCAAAGCGAGAUGGGAGAUGCUAAGAUCCGAGCCAUAUGGGUACGAUCAUCUUGUUGACUAUCGCGACGGAGAUUGGCCUGAGCAAAUCCGGAGGCUGUCUGAGGGUGCUGGCAUGCACUACGCAUACGAUUGCAUAUCGGAGGGCAGUUCAGUCGAAAGGGUCUCCUCGAUCUUAGCCAGCAACGGAAGGAGCGCCAUAGUCCGAUCGCGCGCAGGAGGCGCUUGGAAGGCUGGCCAACUCCCUGUCGAGCCGAUAUAUGGUGCGGUCUGGGAAGGCCUUGGCGAAGAAGUCCAGUACCAAGGUUUUACUAUCGAAAAGUCGCCUGCAGCACGGGCAUUCGCCGUGGAGUUCUAUCAGUGGCUCAGCAGUGCUGUCGGCUCACAGUUGAAGCCCGUUCCUAUCAGAUCGAUGCCUGGCGGUCUGGAAAGGGUCGUUGAGGACGGCUACAGGCUGCUUGGAGCCGGGAAAAUGGAAGAAAGACAGACGAAGAGGGCCGAGGAAUGGAUGAAUCCGGUGAGCGCUGAAAAGCUGGUCUACCGGCUCUGAGAACGGUGAAGGACUGACAGAAGGGGGAUGAUCUUGACCUAGCUCGCGGGUUUAGCACAAAAUGUAGCCCAAAUUUAACCUUUCUUUGAAGCCCCCA